AUGCGAGACAUAGCGGCCUCUCGCAAGUUCAUCGAUCUCAUUCGCCAGGCAUCGUCCAAGUGGGCUAAUUGGGACCCACCGAUUGAAAUCAAGGUGGGGGACUAUGGAAGGAUCGAUAGUGACAGUGGAGAGCUUGAAGUGGAAGGAAACAUCUACGAUAAAGCGUUCCAAACGUCAUUGGACCAGCAAGGCUUGAAGAUCAAUUUAUCUGAUUCAUCAUAUCAGCCUAAGAAGGGCGCUGUCGAUGACAACAUGAUCAUGUCCUCGUCUGGAGUCAAACAGGGAGAGUUCUCGAUGAAGCCAGAAGUCUCCCUCCUCAACCUGGCCUCUGCUUCCGUCAAAGCCGAGUUCCAGUUUCAGGAAGGCAAGCGAGGCGCCGUCCUCGUAAUGCACAAGCCCCGGCAGGAAUAUAUCCCCCCGGGCAAGGUUCUGACGCUGGUCCACAAGGCGGACGAGUUGCAGGACAAGUAUCUGGUCACCAGCACAUUCACGUGUCCCGGGUAUUACCUCUACUUGUCUAACAAGUCCGGAGAGAGGGUAGGACUAGCGCUGGCCGCUAGUGUACCGAUUCCGGCUGCAAUGGGCGUGACUGCUGGCGGAGAAGUUUCUGUGGACUGGUGGACGGAUGCUCAAGCUGCAUUCCUCCGAAAAGCGUUUGACAAGGCCGGGCAGUACCGUUACACGCCUCUCUACGCCCUGAAGUACCGAAGUAAUGGGUGGUUCGGGCGAAGGUUCCGCGGGGAUGAGGAACUUCACCAGACAGAAGAUGAUCUGUGGCCUGACUGUUCGCCGCCGUGGCAGCCUCUUGAUGAGGACGGAGACGAAGAUCCCCUGUGGGAAGAAGUACGUCAGGCUUUGCUCGCCCCUUUUAUUGAUUAUGCCUCAUGA